CAACACUCUUUUUAUACCCAGCAUUUUUCUGGAAAUCUGGAGAAUAUAAUAAUUGUUCGUGGUAAUUAUUUCCUUUAUAAAUAUAUUAUUUGACUUCAAGUAAUUACCGUUCUCCAUGAUUUCGUCUUUGCAGCCAUCUCGGCCAAAGUUCCCAUCUGCACAGCCAGUGCGGUCAUCUCAGGGGCAACAGCAAGUACGACAUCUCCAAAAUGAAAGUGGGCCUUCGUCAGGGACGGCGCCCACGCAACAAGUGCAUCGACCUGGCUCGCAAAUAGAAGCCAUGCCCCCAACGGCGUAUGACCCCGCAACUCGUCAUCCUGUCUUCUUUACAAAUGGCCUUCAAAAGCCUCCUUUCCCAGUAUCCACUGCUGGCUCCACAGAUCGUCCUGUCGCUUUAGGCUACGUCUGGGACACGGGUCGUCUAGCAGGCCAGGCCCCUCGAGAAGGUCAAACCAAAUUAUAACGACGAGCAAGAAAGGCAUCUGUUUCUGUUACCAUUUCCUUUUAUCAACUACUUAUUUAUAUCCGUUACUGUGUUCAAUAUUAUGUUUUCGAUACCUGGUAUGCUAUAUGACGCUAUAUUUGGCUAGCAACGAAGGAUGGGAUAUCACAAAAACAAUUAAACCAAUGAAUCAAGUCGAGGAAUACAGCCAAGGACAAAGGCCCUAAUCAUAAAAGUACAAAGUUUCCAGCGUGAAAAGAUGAUAGGUGCUAGAACCUACAUCGUCCUCGUAUGGGACAAGCAGCAACAGCUAUAAAUUACUUGUGCGAUCCAAUACACUUGGACCAUCCUGCGGCAUCAUUAGUACCUUGGUCGAACAGGAUAGCGUUUGGAAGUUCUACAUACCUGGAAGCCCACAGCCAAAGCCGACAAAGAGAUAGAUUAAAAAGAUGAUAACCACGACAAGGAGAAACAUGAGGCGGAUGU